GACCAUUAUUUGAUUUGGGCGUUGAGGUGAGGGUGUUGAGCGCUCCAAAACGCCUGCCCGGCCACGAUGUUCACGUGCUGAGAUUCUCAAGUCUUGGUUACACUAACGUCAAUUCUAAUCCUUGUUGUUGAAGAUGAUGGACGUUGAUGAACAAGAGGCCGUACAACUACAACCCUCGCAACCACCACCACCACCACAGCAAGCUAGAAAUUCCAGAAUUUCUUCAGCCGUCGUAUUUGUUGACGACAAUCAUCCAUUUGAUCUUGACUCCUACAUCUCAAAUUACACUGGAAGAGCAGCUAUCGAUCGGUUAACACAUAUCGUCUCCGUGUGCCCUUCUGUAGCUGUCGACGCUUUCACUCUUGCUGUCCGACUUAUACAGAAAGCUCGCGAUCCGGGUCUGUUUCAAACAUUGUGCCACGCUUAUGAACAAGUUUCCGCGUACUCUGAUGUCAAGUUGCCCAGUAUAUCAGAACUUCCUGCUAUCCAGACCAAGUGGACCGAUGAUACACUGAAGAAGAAUCAGAGUGAGAAAAUGAAGUUGGAGGCGGAAUUGAAGAAUUAUUCGAACAAUAUGAUCAAAGAGAGCAUCAGAAUGGGUCAUCGUGACCUAGCAGAAUUCAGUCGCUCAGUAGGAGACUACCCAUCCGCUCUCAAACAUUGGACCAAGUCACGCGAAUUUUGCACAACUAGUCAGCAUGUACUCGAUGGAUGUUUGUCAACCAUUGAGCUCCUAAUCGAACAAAGGAACUACUCGCAUCUCCCAACCUACGUCUUUAAAGCUGAAGCUGCGCUAGAGGCUGUGACGAGCAGCGCGGCUACUCUCGCGAAAGCUGAAAAUUCGAGUGGCGCAGGCGGUUCUCGCAAGACAGCGUCUGCUAUGAGCCCGGAUCGCGAGAUCUUGCAGUCCAAGUUAGACUUUGCCACCGCACUUGGACAGCUGGCACAAUCAAACUAUGAGAGGGCGGCGUAUCACUUUUUGAGGUUGAGUUCGGGGACAGGCAGUGGUGGAGGUUUGGGUGACUGGUUUGGAAAACUCGUAUCGCCUGGAGAUAUUGCCAUCUAUGGUUCUGUUUGCGCGCUCGCGUCGUUAUCGAGGUCCGCAUUCAAAGCUCAGGUUCUGGAAAAUCUAUCGUUUGGUGUCUAUAUUGAACAGGAGCCACAUGUUCGAGAAAUGAUUGAAGCGUAUAUGGCCAGCAACUUCAAAGGUGUCCUUGAGACGUUGGGCAAGUACAACACUCGGCACACCAUCGAUAUACACCUGUUCCCUCAUUUGACUACCCUGAACUCAUUAACUCGCAAUCGUCUUGUUUCUCUAUACUUUGCACCUUUCAGUAGCAUCAAGCUUGACCGUAUGGCACAGGCUUUUGGCUGGAGCGUGGUAGAAACUGAGGACUACGUCGUUGGUCUCGUGAGGAGUGGUGAUAUUGGUGGCCGGGUCGAUAGUCGUGCCAAAGUUUUGCAAGUUAAGAAAACAGAUCACCGAGCAGAGUUGUUUGCGCACGCCAUCAAGACUGGCGUCGAGAUAGCGAAGACCAACAAGAAAUUGCUGUAUAGAAUCAAAUUACAACAAGCAGAGUUAUUGAUCAAACCGCCGAAAGGAAAUAAUACUGGCCAAAAUCAAAUGACCGAAUACUUACUGGCUGAGUAGUGGUACAACUCUGCAUCCACUCACAGGGUUCUUCAACGUUUUGCUCAAGUCGAUGUAACGUAUAUCUCACACCGUUCCACGCAGAUUUGCAUGUUUUGUAUGAAUGUUUCCUCACGAUUUUCAGGGUCGGUUGAAGUAAGCUAAACUGGUACUCUGAGGUCUUUGCCAGGAAAUUGCCUUAUGACUAUGGUACAUGGCGAACAGACUCUCAGUUUUUAGCAAUCAGCUUUGAUAUUUGACCGGUACAUAGGCUUGCAUAGGGUAUAUACAAAGCGAAAAUCAAAAAUAAUAGGCGUGUAAACAACGUCCAACAAAAGUUCCCAUCAACCCUUUGUUUC